AUGGCCUCCUCCUCCUCGUCGUCGUCGUUCCCGAAGCUCAGCAGCUUCUCGCUCUCCUCGCCCGUCACCGCCGGCGAGUCGAGCAGCGCGCCCUUCUGCCUCGCGCCCGCGCCGCUCGGCCGUCUCCGCCGCCGGGCGUCGAGCACCGCCAGCAGCGUCGACUCGCAGGCCACGCUCGUCGCCUCGCUGUUGCCGCCGCCGCGCCGCACGCCGCGCGCAAAGGUUAGCUGCGAGGAGCGCCUCAGUGCGCCGCUGGCACCCGUGCAGCCACUCGCACCUCGCCAGCCGCACGCCGAAGAGGCACUAGCGCUCGCCGUUGAUGAGUUCUUCGGCAUCGAGCGGCCCGAGCGGGCGGCCGCGCGCCGCGCCGCAAAGGACGAGCGCCGUGCCCGCAAGGAGCAGGCUCGCCGCGAGCGCGAGGCGGCCCGCAGCACCAUCGCCGCCCGCCUGCGCGACGCUGGCUGGACGCUCAAGUGGUAG